AUGUAUUUUAGACAACAACAACAACAACAUAUAUUGUUGUGCUUGGGAUUGGUGUUGGUAACACUGUUGUCAAUAGCAACAACACCAACUGAUGCAACAUAUCAAGCACCUUAUGUCGUCACCAUGUCAGAUGGUCUAGCAGGUCUUGCAAUGUUUGGUUUCCAAAAGAAUGGUUACUUUGACUUUAACUAUCAACUACAUGACAAUGAGGUUAGCAAUGGAACAUUAUUGUUGGUUUGCACAUGGGAUGAGUAUAAUAACUUGGACGAUGAUUCAUAUUGUCAUAAUAUUGAACACACUCUACGAUACACUGUAUCAUAUGCAUUUUAUCAACCGGAUGGCAAAGAACUCUCAUAUGAAUACUUGGCAUUCCCCAUCACCUUCCUCAUAUUCGCGAUCAUAUGGUUGGUGUUGACAUUGCUCUGGUGUGUCAACUGGGUAAUGAACAGAAAGCAAAACGUCAGACUACAUAAGCUGAUAACAUUGUUCCCAUUCUCAAAGUUGGCAAUGGUAACAUACUUCUGUGGAUUCUAUUUCUACUUGCAGAACUAUGGUGCAGUUGGACUGGGAGUCUACGUGUUCUUCUGGCUCUUUUACAUUAUCUUUAGAAUAGUGGCUGUUGUUGUAUUACUUACCAUUGCCACUGGAUGGGGUAUACUACCAGGUCGUUACAACAAUCUCUACAAGUCACUCUGCGUCAUUGUCCUCCUACUUGUCAUUGCCAUCGUAUUGGGCGCAAUAUUUGGACGAUUCUUUGCUUUCCUCCAGUAUAUCAUUUAUAUUCCAAUAUUGAUCAUUAUCUUUAUCAAGUCUGAUCAGAACAUUAGGAUUAUAAGGGCUACACUACUUGAUGCUCAAACAUCAAGUCAAAUGCAACCAAUCGAUCAACAGCAACAACAACAGCAACAUGCACCAAAUGGUGCAUUCUCAAUUGAGGAGAAUGAGCAACAACAUCAGGCACCAUUGCCACCACCUCAAUCAGCGGACAACUCUGUCCAGCCCAACUCUGUUGAGCAAGCCAGGGACAAGGACAAGGCACUCAAGCUAUCCCAACUCGAGAAGAAGCUGCGAAUGUUCACCGCAUUCAAAUGGAUUAUGCUUGGCUACUUGGUAUCCGAGAUUGUUAUCGAGUUCUUAAAGGCAGCGAUAUACUUUGUAUGGCUGUGGACCUUCCUGGACCUCCUGAUCGAUCUUACAAUCUUUGUUUGCAUAGGAUUAACAUUCAGACUUAGGAAGGAGAAGUUAUACUAUGAGUUUGUCGAUGAGGAAUAG